AAAUGGACCGACUAUUCGACAGACAUCAUGCCUGCUGACGUUGCCAAACCCGCUCCCAAGAAGGGCUCUAAGAAAGCCGUCUCCAAGACCGCAGUUAAGGGCGGUAAGAAGCGCCGUAAGACCAGGAAGGAGAGCUAUGCCAUCUACGUCUACAAGGUGCUGAAGCAGGUCCACCCCGACACCGGCAUCUCCUCCAAGGCUAUGGGGAUCAUGAACUCCUUCGUCAACGAUAUCUUCGAGCGUAUCGCCGGUGAGGCCUCUCGCCUGGCUCACUACAACAAGCGCUCCACCAUCACCUCCAGGGAGAUCCAGACCGCCGUCCGCCUGCUGCUCCCCGGUGAGCUGGCUAAGCACGCCGUGUCUGAGGGCACCAAGGCGGUGACGAAGUACACCAGCUCCAAGUAGACCUCACUAGUCAACUAAACAAACGGUCCUUUUAAGGACCACCCAAAUA